AUGUUUGGCGCCGGUUCCCGUGUGCUGCGGUUCAACCUCCCAGGCGCACUGCAGCGUUCUGGUCUUCAUCUCGGUCAAUUCAUCGCCAUCCGCGGUGAGUGGGAUGGGCAGCAACUCAUUGGCUAUUACAGCCCCAUCACCCUGCCUGAUGAUUUUGGCGUGAUUGGCAUCCUGGCGCGCAGUGACAAGGGUACGCUGAAGGAGUGGAUCUCUGCCUUGGAGCCGGGCGAUGCUGUGGAGAUGAAGGGAUGUGGCGGCCUUGUGAUUGAGCGGCGGUUCAAGGAGCAAUACUUGUACUUCCAUGGACACGUGAUUAAAAAGUUGUGCCUCAUCGCGGGUGGAACUGGUGUUGCUCCGAUGCUUCAGAUUAUUCGGGCAGCACUUAAAAAGCCGUUUAUUAACACCAUUGAAAGCGUUCGGCUUAUCUACGCCGCCGAGGAUGUGACGGAGCUGACGUACCGCGAGGUACUGGAGCAACACCAGAGGGAGUCGCAGGGCAAGUUCCGCAGCACCUUUGUGCUGAACCAUCCUCCGCCGAUGUGGACUGAUGGUGUGGGGUUCGUCGACAAGAACGUCCUGAGCAGCACAGUGCAGCCGCCGUCGAGUGACCUGAUGGUGGCCAUCUGCGGCCCACCGGUGAUGCAGCGCGCUGUGAAGGCGUGCUUGCGUGGCCUUGGGUACAGAAUGGACCUGGUGCGCACCGUCGAUGAGGCUGACACCCAGGCGCCGUCGAAGAUGUAG